GCUCCAGUUUAAAGCAGCACAUGUCGAUUCAUACUGGUGAGAAACCUUUCAAAGGUGAAGUGUGCACAAAAUGUUUUACACAGAGCUCCAGUUUAAAGCAGCACAUGUUGAUUCAUACUGGAGAGAAACCUUUCAAAGGUGAAGUGUGCACAAAAUGUUUUACACAGAGCUCCAGUUUAAAGCAGCAGAUGUCGAUUCAUACUGGUGAGAAACCUUUCAAAGGUGAAGUGUGCACAAAAUGUUUUACACAGAGCUCCAGUUUAAAGCAGCACAUGUCGAUUCAUACUGGUGAGAAACCUUUCAAAGGUGAAGUGUGCACAAAAUGUUUUACACAGAGCUCCAGUUUAAAGCAGCACAUGUCGAUUCAUACUGGUGAGAAACCUUUCAAAGGUGAAGUGUGCACAAAAUGUUUUACACAGAGCUCCAGUUUAAAGCAGCACAUGUUGAUUCAUACUGGAGAGAAACCUUUCAAAGGUGAAGUGUGCACAAAAUGUUUUACACAGAGCUCCAGUUUAAAGCAGCAUAUGUCGAUUCAUACUGGUGAGAAACCUUUCAAAGGUGAAGUGUGCACAAAAUGUUUUACACAGAGCUCCAGUUUAAAGCAGCACAUGUCGAUUCAUACUGGGGAGAAACCUUUCAAAGGUGAAGUGUGCACAAAAUGUUUUACACAGAGCUCCAGUUUAAAGCAGCAUAUGUUGAUUCAUACUGGGGAGAAACCUUUCAAAUGUCAAGUGUGCACAAAAUGUUUUACACAGAUCAAGUUUGACUUUCAUGGCGGUUUCCUCCUAUUUGACGGAGUUAUGACCCUUGAACACCUGCAUCUGGAAACCAACAUGCCGCUCAGGGAUAAAGGGUGUUUCCAAUGUGAAGUCUGUUCAAAGAGUUGUAAAGCCAAGACUCUUCUAGAAAUACACAUGCGUGUUCACACUGGUGAAAGACCUUUCAGGUGUGGAAUGUGCUUAAAAGAUUUCUCAACCAAGCGUAACAUUAAAAGACACAUGCAGAUCCACACUGGAGAAAAACCUUUCAAAUGUGAAAUGUGCAACAAAUGUUUUACAAAUAGUUCCAAAUUCAGACAACAUAAGCUGAUUCAUACUUGUGAGAAACCUUUCAAAUGUGAAGUGUGCACAAAAUGUUUUAAGUAUUGUUCCCACUUAAACCUACAUAUGUUGAUUCAUACAGGCAAGACACCUUUCAAAUGUGAAGUCUGUUCCAAAUGUUUUGUACACAGUUGCAACUUAAAUCAGCAUAUGUUGUUUCAUACUGGUGAGAAACAUUUCAAAUGCGAAGUGUGCACAAAAUGUUUUACACUGAGUUCCAGCUUAAAGCAACAUAUGUUGAUUCAUACUGGUGAGAAACUCUUCAAAUGUGAAGUGUGCACAAAAUGUUUUACAACACAUUCCCAGGUGAACGAACAUAUGCGGAUUCAUACUGGGGAAAAACCUUUCAAAUGUGAAGUGUGCACGAAAUGUUUUUCUCAUUGUUCCAGCUUAAGACGCCAUAUGCUCAUUCAUACUGGUGAGAAACCUUUCAAAUGUGAAGUGUGCACAAAAUGUUUUGCGCAGAGUUCCAACUUAAAACAACAUAUGUUGAUUCAUACUGGGGGGAACUGAACCAUAGAUGUAGAUUCAUUGACAUGAUUCUCGACAAAAAAAGUGUAUUAAUAUCUCUCAUGAGGAUUGUGUGACUGAAGAAAAAGAAGUAGACAAG